AUGGCUACAAGAUUAGGCCCAUUGGUACCUAUGCAACAAUCAAGGCUGGAAAAGGAGAAACUUGAAUCCAACAAGUGGACUGCAAAUUGGGUUGGUGAUCCUGAUGGAACUAGAUUUGAGGUCUGCCAUCAUGAAACAAGAAUUGAUGUUGAUCUACAAAACCAGUCAUGCACAUGUAGGAUGUGGCAACUUACAGGUCUGCCUUGUAGGCAUGCGAUUGUUGCCAUCAGAUACAAUAACCACAGACUAGAGGACUACAAUGAUGUACAUGAUUACUUUCUGUUGGAUUUGAUGCAGGAAACAAUCUUCAUACCUCCACCAAUGCCAACUGCAUUUAGACCACCUCCACUUAGGCUUUUAGCACCAAUUCGAAUUAUAAUGUCAGAUGGAGUAUCUCAUAACAAGAACCAACCGAAUUACAUGAGCUUCAUACCUACACCAGGAAUGCCCAGCCACCAAGAUUCGAAUAACUAA